UUUCAGUAAAGCAAAGUGUUAUUGCAAAAGUCAAAACUCAGAUACAGAUUCACCGGAUUUACAUAACGUAUUAUUGUAGAGUAUUUUGUCUGAUUGUUACAAAAUUGCAAUAAACUGGCGACUAUAACGGUAGUUAAAUAAAACCAUUCAAGCCAUGUUAAAUUUACUUUCCGGGAGAGUAGCAGCGUUGACCAACGAAUUUGCUCACAUCCUUGUACGAAAUUACGCCCAUCGAGCCUCGGUUCAAGUGCUUUUUACCAAACACGACCAAAGAAUGUUGAAAGUCAUCAGUGAACCUACAUGGGUUCCACACGCACCUAUGUCUAGCAGAACGAAUCCCACCGUAGAUGGAUCACAGCCAGCAGCAGUCGAUGAGCAGCAAGGUGGAUUCUUCAAGCGGUUAAUAAAUAAAAUUGGCUUCAUAGACAAUUCCCGCCUUCGAUUGCGUGUAUCAAGCGCCUAUCUCUACGAAUCCGUUGCCGACAGCAUCAACUAUGCCGAGUUUUACAUGCAUUUCAAAAUGCCAAAUACGUUCAACACCUGGUUCUUGAUCACGGAACUGCACGUUUGGAUGCUUCUGGUACGUGCCAUGGCGGAGGGGCCGGAAAAGGAUGCAGCAGGACGGUACAUGCGAAACUGCAUAGUGGAAUCGAUGUGGAACGAUGUGUCAACCCGGGCGAAACAACUUUCGGCCAACAAUCCGUCCGCGGUGCGGCCACAGAUUCAGUUGCUCUCGGAGCAGUUUCAAGCGGCACUCCUGACCUACGACGAGGGCAUCAACGGUGACGAUAAGGUACUGGCGGCGGCACUGUGGCGGAGGUUUCUCUCCAGCAAAUGUGACGACUACGAAAUGUUGGAACUGUUAGUGAAAUACGUGCGGAAACAGAUGGCGAUGCUGGAUGAGAAAAGUCGUUACGAUUUUGCCAUUAAACCUAAGGUGAAAUGGUUGCCGUUAGUUGAAAAAGCAUCAGUAUAAUGAGGACAUUGUUUGAAUAAAUUCUGGUCUGACAAUUUAAAAGCUGCCGGCCAGUACUCAAAA